UAGUGUCUGUGCGAAUUGUAAAGUGAUAAAAAGUUUAAAUUUAAACAAAAUUGGCUAAAUGUCUGGUGUGUUUUUCCGGUGAGAGCAGCAAAUUUUGUAAAUACUGCUAAUAAGAUCCCCAGAUCCCCAAAAGUAAUAAGGAAAACGUUAAAACGCAAAUGUAAGCACAAUAAAUAAUAAUUGAAUAUUGAUGUAAAUGUGUUUAUCUAAUGUCGCUCAAAGUGCACACGAAAUGGAAAUCAUAAAUUGACCAGCAACAGAGCAUCAACAACAAAAUCAACAGCAACAACAACAACGAUAGAUGCGAAAAUUUAUCGCUGCGAAUUUGCAUCAAAAACUUUUGUACAAAAUAAAAUAGGGGAGACCAAAAAGUACCAAAAAAAAAGGGAAAGUUGAGGGUAAAAAAUUCGCGUGCGCGAACAAAAAAAACGCGUAGAUAUAAAAUGAAACAGGAAACGAGGCGAGAGGAAAUUGAAUUAAUAGUUUACGCUUAAAUAAUUUGCCGUUUAUUGCGGCUGAAAUUCCAAAAAAAAAGGAAACACAAUACAACGACGCGACGCAUAGAAUUUUCAGAGCUAUGAUGACGAGUUUGCUACUCAACGACUUUAAUAGCGUUGCCAUGGAUAUGGACAUGGAUCUCGAUUCCGGUUCUGGUGCUGUUUCCGGUUCCGUAUCAGAGUCUCCACUAACAUUGCCAAAUACCACACGCAUGCUGUGGGACCUGGUCAUGGAGACAACAUCACAGACAACGCUCUUUGACGACAACAUCAGCAUAGCCACAACGGAGACACCCUACGUGCCAUAUGGUCGACGGCCGGAGACCUACAUUGUGCCGAUCCUGUUCGCCAUCAUCUUUGUGGUGGGCGUGCUCGGCAACGGGACACUGAUUGUGGUCUUCCUCAGCGUGCGACAGAUGCGAAAUGUGCCCAACACCUACAUUCUCUCCUUAGCUUUAGCUGAUCUUCUAGUGAUAUUGACCACAGUUCCAUUGGUGUCCACCAUAUAUACUGUUGAGUAUUGGCCCUGGGGAAGUUUCCUUUGUACCGUAUCCGAGUUUAUGAAGGAUGUCUCCAUUGGCGUAUCGGUCUUUACGCUGACAGCUCUCUCCAGUGAUCGUUACUUUGCCAUAGUCGAUCCCUUGCGCAAGUUCCACGCACAUGGUGGCGGAAGACGUGCCACACGCAUGACUUUGGCCAUCGCAGUGUCCAUUUGGCUGCUGGCCAUUCUUUGUGGCUUGCCAGCCUUGAUUGGUAGCAAUAUAAAGCCUCUUGGCAUCAAUCAUGAGAAAUCGAUUGUUUAUUGCUAUCCAUAUCCGGUGGAAUGGGGCAAGAACUAUGCCAAGAUUAUGGUGAUGUUGCACUUUCUGGUCUACUAUGCCAUCCCAUUGGUGAUCAUUGCAGUGUUCUAUGUCCUCAUAGCACUGCACUUAAUGUACUCGGCGAGUGUUCCUGGUGAGAUGCAGGGAGCAGUGCGGCAGGUUCGAGCGCGUCGCAAAGUUGCCGUGACGGUGUUGGCAUUUGUUGUCAUCUUCGGCAUUUGUUUUCUGCCCUAUCACGUCUUCUUUCUCUGGUUCUACUACUGGCCAACUGCAGAAGUGGAUUACAACAUGUUCUGGCAUGUGCUGCGCAUCGUCGGCUUCUGCAUGUCCUUUGCCAACAGCUGUGCCAAUCCGGUGGCCCUUUACUUUGUGAGCGGCGCGUUUCGCAAGCAUUUCAAUAGAUAUCUGUUCUGUCGAGGCGCCAGCGGAAGACGCAAACAGCGCGACACAUUCUGCAUGCACAGAGACACAUCGAUGACCAGCACAGCCUCGAAAAGAUUUCAAUCGCGUCACUCGUGUUAUCAGAGCACCAUGCGCAGCUGUCGCCUGCAGGAGACGACAAUAACAACGCUGCCGAAUGGUGGACUCAACGGUGGUGGAGCGAGUAGCGUGUUGACGACAUUGCCGCCUCAUAAUGACACCGCCGGCUAUGAAUUUGCGCCCCUUAGUGAGUUUGGUCCACUUAAGGACUCACAGCUGACACACAGAAUACAGGAGUCGCCACUCAACUGAGCUGAGCUGCUGUCCACCAGGUGGCAGCCAUCAUCGUCAGCUAACGGAGCUUACAGGAAGUCAACGUGCAUAAAGCAUAAAACUUAGUUAAGCUUAAUUGAAUCUGUUUCGAGACAAACACAAGUAUGAUUAUAUUUGGCUACAAGUGCAACUUGUCAACAGUCAAAUAUUUUCCCACACAUACUAUAUAGCAUAAGUAAAAGUAUGUAGUAUACAAUUUUAAGAACCAACAUCGCGAUCUUUCUGCGAUACUGGAGAGAAAUGCCAAAAGUUGACCACGUCACAUCACUUUAAAGGCUCCCCAAAGAGUGCGGCUCAUAAAAGAAAAAAGUUGAACGAAUUACUUGAGGGAUUCGGUGUGGAAAGUGAUUCGAAGAACAUCAUGACGUUAAUAUAAAGUUGAUGGCUUUCGUUAGUUCCUCGCGGCUUGUAUAAUGUAUAUAUACUGUAUAUGAAAUAAGUAUAUAUGAAAGAAUUUGAUGUGUUUUUCAUGUUCUAGUCGUAGUCAUAAGGCAAUGAAACUGUGUUUGUGUCCAUACUAAAGUAUUGCAGCCGUUGCAACGGCUUUAAGCUAACGAAAUUUAAUUAAAAUGAUUACAAUAAGAUUUAUGACUAAGAUUUAAACAAGUUACGUGCUCGGCAUGUCCGUACAACAAACACACACACACAAAGGCAAAUCAAUUGCAAAAACCAUUUACUCACAAUUUCUCACUGUCCAAUCUCUUCUCCCUCUGGCCUUGUAAAUAAGCAAACCAAAUGUUUACCAUACUGUGUAAAUAAAUUUAAAUAUUAUGUGUAUGUAUAUGCAGUAUAUGAUCAAUGUAUAUUGAAUGUCAAAGAUUUUAAACGAUUGUUGCAAUAAAUGUACAUUUUGUGGCCGUUCA